GCGGGAAGUGCUUGAGGGGCGGCUGGGUGGCCUCAGCCGUCGCGCGUUAUGGCCCUGUCGGUGCCUGGCUACUCUCCCAGUUUCAAAAAGCCGCCCGAGAUAUUGCGGCUCCGACGGAAGAGGACCCGGAACCGUGGGGCCGCCGUCUCCCCGCCUCCUGAGCUGCCCGAGCCGGCCCCUCGCCGCGCGGCUCUUGCGGCUGGGCUGCCCCUCCGCCCCUUCCCGGCCGCAGUGGGCAGAGGCGGCGGCGCCGGCGGCCCCGCCGCGGCCCGAAGGAACCCCUUCGCUUGCCUAGACAAUCAGCCGCGGGUCGCCGACGGGCCCCCCGACGGGCCGCCUGGCGGCCAGCAGGAGGCGCCGAGCCCGUUUUUAGAGUCUAAUCAAGAAAAUGAUUUGCUAUGGGAAGAGAAGUUUCCUGAAAGAACAACUGUUACUGAAAUACCCCAGACUCCCCACAUAUUCUCCAAAUCUGAUAUUCCAUCCUCAGAAAGUACUGAAUUACCUGUGGAUUGGAGUAUUAAAACUCGACUCCUUUUCACCUCUUCUCAACCCUUUACCUGGGCAGAGCAUGUGAAAGCACAGGAAGAGGCUCAAGGGCUUGUCCAGCAUUGUAGGGCAACAGAAGUUACUUUGCCUCAAAGUAUACAGGAUCCCAAACUCUCCACUGAGCUCCGUUGUGCCUUCCAACAGAGCCUUAUCUAUUGGCUCCACCCUACCUUUCCCUGGCUUCAACUGUUCCCUCGUAUUGGAGCUGACAGGAAAAUGGCUGGAAAGACAAGCCCUUGGUCAAAUGAUGAAACAUUGCAACACAUUUUAAUGAGUGACUGGUCUGUGAGCUUUACGUCUCUAUAUAAUCUGCUGAAGACAAAACUUUGCCCCUAUUUCUACGUUUGUACCUAUCAGUUUACUGUCCUGUUCCGAGCAGCAGGAUUAGCAGGAAGUGAUGUGAUCACAGCUCUCAUAUCUCCUACAACUCGAGGUUUAAGAGAAGCUAUGAAAAAUGAAGGUAUUGAAUUUUCUCUGCCUUUAGUAAAAGAAAAUGGCCGUAAGAAGAGAGCAUCUGGAGCAAGCUUGGGAUAUGGGGAGGAGCAAGUAAACAGUGAUGAGGAUGAAGAAGAAAGUUUUUCCUGGCUGGAAGAAAUGGGUGUGCAAGAUAAAAUUAAAAAACCAGACAUACUGUCUAUCAAGCUACAUAAAGAGAAACAUGAAGUACAAAUGGAUCACAGACCUGAAUCUGUCGUGUUGGUGAAAGGAAUUAACACUUUUACGUUGCUCAAUUUUUUGAUCAACUGUAAGAGUUUAGUUGCUACCUCAGGUCCCCAGGCAGGGUUACCACCAACCCUCUUAGCACCUACAUUUUUCCGAGGUGCCACAAUGCAAAUGCUGAAGGCACGAAGCGUCAAUGUGAAGACACAAGCUCUUUCCGGAUAUAAAGAUCAGUUUAGUUUGGAGAUUACAGGUCCUGUCAUGCCUCAUUCUCUACAUUUUGUGACCAUGCUACUCAAAUCUUCACAGAGCGGAUGUUUCUGUGUAGGACUGUAUCCACACGAGCCAACGGCUGUAUUUAAUAUCUGCCUGCCAGUGGAGAAAGUACUGCAUAAGGAGGUUGUUCAUAAGGAGCUUGCUAACUGUGGUUUACACCCUAAGACUCUGGAGCAACUUAGUCAAAUACCAUCACUGGGGAAAUCAUCUUUACGCAAUGUGGAAAUGAGAGACUACAUUUAUAAUUGGAGAUCCUGAACACCAAAGAUUUAUUUAUACAAUUGGAGGUGUUUAUUGGAAGAUGAUGAUAUGGCCAAUGGAACCUGAAGUGAAGAGUACAGGUCUCUCUGACCUACAUAUGCCAAAACUGCAAGAAAAAGGAGUCCGUGUGGGCAUCAGAUAUAUAGUCCAGUCCUUGGACAGAUGUCUGGGCUUUGGAAACCAAGGGCAAGAGGAACCCACUCUCCAUAAACACUGUCAGCUUCUUUUUUCCGAUGUUGAGAUCCAGAUGACACGGGAAAUUCUUUUGUUAAUGUUACCUGGCUUUUUGGUGGAGUUGGCUUUGCUGCAGCAAUCUAAAAAUAAAGUAUUUCUUAAUUAAAA